GCGCCUUUCAAGUACGUGAGCGUUUGUUAAAUAUAUUAGCGUCCCAACCAAUAGAAAAGGGACCGAUUUGGAACCACUGCAGCUAGUUGCCUCACAGCUUCCCGAGUAUUGAGACAUCUUCUUGAGUAAGCAUUUCAGCGCGAAAUCGGUAUUCUGAGACAAGAAAGUUAUCCCCGAAUAUUGUGAUUGAAAAUGGCCUCCAAAAUUUUUCUAUUUUCUAUUUGUUUGUACUUAGUGUUGGCUCUGGUUGCGAGCGGUAAGAGUACAAUGAAUUCUUUUAAUUCCCAUGAGGAAUGCAGUUUGUCGGAAUUUCAGUGUGACAGUGGAGAGUGCAUCCCCGGAACUAAAGUUUGUGAUGGCCAUCCGAAUUGUCCAGAGGGAGAGGAUGAGGACGAUUGCGAGCCAAUUCGAAUAAAAGCUUAAAGCAAUUAUCAUAUCUAUAUAUAUAAAUUUCAAAACAGAAAAUAUGUUCACUAUCUAUAACUGAUCAAUAAAUUUUACUUGGGAAUUU